AUGCACGGGAGCAGAAGCGAACCCCCCCGUGGAGACAUCCGCAGGUAUAUUGAGAAGACGGGCGAAAAGAACCUCUACCGAAUCAAGAAGGGACUGGUGCCAAACAUGAACGUAGAGGGACACAUGUAUGUGAACGAUAAGUUGAAACAUCUGAUAGAUGAUGAAAUAGAGACGUACCAGCUGAAUAGAAACUCUACCUUCCUGCCAGCUGUUGUUCAAAUAGCAAAUGUGUCUACCCUACCAGGGAUCGUAAAGGCAUCUAUAGCGUUGCCAGAUGUACACGCAGGUUAUGGAUUUUCCAUAGGAAACGUAGCAGCAUUUGACAUGAGCAAUGAAAAGGCAAUUAUUUCUCCAGGGGGAGUAGGAUUUGACAUAAACUGUGGGGUAAGGUUAAUUAGAACAAACCUCUUCUACGAUGACAUAAAGGAUAAGCAGGAAGAAUUGACGCAGCUCCUUUUUAACAACAUUCCAGUUGGAGUAGGAUCACAGGGGUGUAUACUAUGCAAUCAGGAUAAGCUAGAUGAAGCCCUCUGCUUAGGAAUGGAUUGGUGUGUGAAGGAAGGAUACGCAUGGGUAGAGGAUAAGUUGAACUGCGAAGAUAAUGGAAGGAGUUUGUAUGCAGACAGUAACUACGUAUCUGUGAGAGCUAAAAAAAGAGGGAUAACACAAAUGGGGACUUUAGGAGCUGGAAACCACUACGCGGAAAUUCAAAUUGUCGACGAAAUUUACGACAAAAGGAGUGCCAAACUCAUGGGAAUAGAAAAAAAAAACCAAGUGUGCAUAAUGAUUCAUUCAGGAAGUAGAGGGUUGGGUCACCAAAUCGCUACAGAUGCACUUAUCGAAAUGGAGAAAAGCAUGACAAAGUAUAAACUAGACGUUAUUGAUAAGCAACUAGCUUGUACUCCUAUCCAUUCGAAGGAAGGAGAAAAUUACCUCAAAGCCAUGGGUUCUGCUUGUAAUUUUGCGUGGAUUAAUAGAUCUUCCAUGACCUUCUUAGCUAGACAAACUUUUGCAAAAAUUUUUAACCAAUCACCAGACGAUCUAGACAUGCAUGUCAUAUAUGACGUCUCACAUAACAUUGCCAAAAUGGAGGACCACCUCGUCGAUGGGAAGGAGAAAAAAUUGCUAGUUCAUAGGAAGGGGUCCACAAGAGCCUUUCCCCCCUUCCACCCUGCAGUCCCUUUAGAUUACCAAUACUGUGGACAACCCAUCCUGAUCGGAGGAACCAUGGGCACCUACUCCUACGUCCUAACUGGUACGGAUAAAGCUAUGGAGACCACUUUCGGGUCGACCUGUCAUGGGGCUGGCAGAGCAUUAAGCCGAAAUAAAAGCAGAAACACACUAAACUACGUGGACGUUUUGCAAAAAAUGAAAGAGGAAAAUAUUUCCAUUCGAGUUGCUUCGCCAAAGUUAAUUAUGGAGGAGGCCCCCGAGUCUUACAAAAACGUCUCCGAGGUGGUCAAUACGUGCCAUGACGCUGGCAUAUCGGCUAAGUGCUUUCGCCUGAAGCCGGUUGCCGUCAUAAAGGGGUAA